UGCUUGUUUUAUUUACCAUUAUUACGUCCCCCUAUACCUUGGUUCGUCUGUCACAUUUGAUUGUGCGAAUUCGUAUGCAAAUUGCAAAAUUCAAUACUCGUGAAAAAUACAAUUUAUAUCUAAAAAGAAAUGAAAUAAUAUUCAUUCAAGUAUUUAAAAAAAUAUUGUUAAGCAAAGGGCUAUGAUCAAAGAAGAAGUGAAAGCUGAAGUAAUGGAAGCUAACAACAACUUGAUUGAAAAAACUUCGGAGGCAAAAACUAUGGAGGCAACAACAUCCACUGCUGGGAAAAAGGUAGAUUUCGACAACAAGCUUGAAAAUGAUCGAGACAAACGAUUUGAAUUUUUCCUGAAGCAAACAGAAAUCUUUACACAUUUCAUGACAAAUAGUUCGAAAAGCCCAACCAAACCUAAAGGACGAUCGAAAAAGAACAAAAACAAAGAGAAGCAAAAAGUUGGCGUUGCAGACCAGCGUCAACGGAAGACCGAGCGGGAGGAAGAUAACGAAUUGUUGGCGGAUGAUACACAAUCGAAUGAAAUUUUUCGUUUCGAGAGUUCGCCCAGUUACAUUAAAAAUGGCGAAAUGCGCGACUAUCAAGUGCGUGGCUUGAACUGGAUGAUAUCGCUAUAUGAAAACGGUAUAAAUGGUAUAUUGGCCGAUGAAAUGGGUUUGGGUAAAACUUUACAAACGAUUUCUUUGCUUGGCUAUCUCAAACAUUUCAAAAAUCAAGCUGGUCCACAUAUUAUCAUUGUACCCAAAUCUACUUUACAAAAUUGGGUUAACGAAUUAAAAAAAUGGUGUCCUUCUUUACGAGCUGUCUGUGUCAUUGGUGACAAAGACGCACGAAACACAUUUAUACGUAAUGUAUUAUUACCAGGAAAAUGGGAUGUUUGCGUCACCUCGUAUGAAAUGUGUAUCCGUGAAAAGUCUGUUUUCAAGAAAUUCAAUUGGCGUUAUAUGGUUAUUGACGAAGGACAUCGUAUAAAAAACGAAAAGUCCAAGCUCUCGGAAAUUCUGCGAGAAUUUAAAACAAUAAAUCGUCUACUACUCACCGGUACGCCAUUGCAGAAUAACUUGCACGAAUUGUGGGCUUUGUUAAAUUUCUUGUUGCCGGACGUCUUUAAUUCAUCGGAAGAUUUCGAUGAAUGGUUCAAUACGAACACUUGCCUAGGCGACGAUGCACUCGUAACACGUUUACACGCUGUAUUGAAACCAUUCUUACUGCGUCGUCUCAAGGCUGAGGUAGAGAGUAGCCUUAAACCCAAAAAGGAAAUUAAAAUAUUUGUCGGUCUUUCAAAGCUGCAGCGUGAAUGGUAUACAAAAGUAUUGAUGAAAGAUAUUGAUGUGGUGAAUGGUGCGGGUAAAUUGGAGAAAAUGCGUCUACACAAUAUUUUGAUGCAGUUGCGAAAAUGCACCAAUCAUCCAUAUCUAUUUGAUGGUGCCGAACCCGGUCCACCGUAUACCACUGAUACACAUUUAGUCUAUAACUCGGGCAAAAUGGUCAUACUCGAUAAAUUAUUGCCUAAGUUGCAAGCACAAGGUUCACGUGUACUUAUAUUCUCCCAAAUGACACGCAUGUUGGAUAUACUGGAAGAUUAUUGUUUGUGGCGUAACUAUCAAUAUUGUCGUUUAGAUGGUCAAACACCGCACGAGGAUCGUAACAGACAAAUACAAGAAUACAAUAUGGAAAAUAGUUCCAAAUUUGUUUUUAUGCUUUCAACACGCGCUGGAGGUUUGGGCAUAAAUUUGGCAACCGCUGACGUGGUUAUCAUUUAUGAUUCGGAUUGGAAUCCUCAAAUGGAUUUGCAGGCUAUGGAUCGUGCGCAUCGUAUCGGUCAAAAGAAGCAGGUGCGUGUUUUCCGUUUCAUCACAGAAAACACGGUGGAAGAAAAGAUUGUGGAGCGUGCUGAAGUUAAGUUGCGUCUUGACAAAUUGGUUAUACAACAAGGACGUUUGGUUGACAAUAGAACGGCACAGUUGAACAAAGACGAAAUGCUAAAUAUCAUUCGUUUUGGCGCAAAUCAUGUCUUCGCUUCCAAAGACUCUGAAUUAACUGAUGAAGACAUCGACACCAUUUUGGAGCGUGGUGAGGCGAAGACUGUUGAAGAAAAAGCUAAACUGGAUAAGUUGGGAGAGAGCUCUUUACGCACAUUCACUGUUGAUACAGGUGUCGGUGAGAGCGGUUCAACUUCUGUUUACCAGUUUGAGGGUGAAGACUACAGAGAAAAACAUAAAUUAAAUGCAUUAGAGAAUUGGAUAGAACUCCCGAAGCGUGAACGUAAAGCUAAAUGUGCAGCAUAUGCUAAUAUAUGUGUUACCGAAUCCAAAGCGCCAAAAGUGCCACGCCCACCCAAACAACCUAUAGUGCAUGAUUUUCAAUUCUUUCCACCACGUCUCUUUGAGCUGCUCAAACAGGAGCUUUUCUAUCUCCGUAAAACAGUUGGUUAUGAAGUGCCGAAAAACCCCGAAUUGGGUUCAGAGGCAACUAAAAUGCAACGAGAGGAACAACGCCAAAUCGAUGAAGCCGAACCGCUGAGUGAAGAGGAGAUUGCCGAAAAGGAAUCACUUUUAACACAGGGCUUCACCACAUGGACCAAACGUGAUUUUGAUCAGUUUAUUAAAGCGAACGAGAUAUACGGACGUGACGACAUAGAAAACAUUGCAAACGAUGUGGAAGGUAAAACGCACGAGGAGGUUAGUGAAUAUAAUGCGGUAUUUUGGGAGCGCUGCCAUGAGCUGCAGGAUAUCGAAAGAAUUAUGGGUCAAAUUGAGCGCGGCAAAGUGAAGAGGCAACGAAGAUUAUCAAUGAAAAACGUGCUAGAUGAAAAGAUGUUACGCUAUCGUGCACCAUUCCACCAACUACGCUUGCAAUAUGACAAUAAUAUGAAUAACAAUUAUGUGGAACGUGAAGACCGUUUUCUGUUAUGUAUGCUGCAUAAACUAGGUGCUGACAAGGAAAAUGUGUAUAAACAAUUACAUGACGCUAUACGUUCAUCACCAGAGAUUCAGACCGAUUCUUUUUUAAAAUCAUGCACAACACUUGAACUACAACGACGUUGCAACUCCCUUAUACUGCUCAUUGAGCGCGAGAAUAUCCAACGUGAAUUAAGAGAGCUUCAAGAGAAUAGGAAGAUGGUCACAAAAGACUCGACUGGCGCGAGUACAACAUGUGCACCACUGGGAAAGAUAAAUCAGAAGCGCAAAUCCGAAGCAAUUCCCGUAGAAAAUAACGCAAAGAAAAUGAAAAUUUAAUGAAUUUGUUUAAAGUAUUAUACGUACACAAGUUACAUCAUAUUAAUCUACGCUGUUAAAAUGGUAUCGAUAUCGAUGAUGUAGCUAACAUAUAUUUGAUAAAACUUUUAACUAUUUUGAAAGGGAACUCAAUAUUUUACUCUUACCAUAUUUUUUAUAUUCAUUUACUCAUCAUAAUCUAAAUGCUUAAUAUGACAGGCGCGUGAAGUUGAAGUCACAAUAACAAACUUACAAACAGCAGCAGUAAACUACUAAGCGUACAUA